AUGACAAGCGCUGGCGCUGCGCCCUUCCACCACACGCGCGUGGUGCGUGGGGGUCUCAAGUGGCCAGCAGUGCGUGGCGCACGUCUGUUAGAAGCCAUUACGCCAGUCAGUUGCCACGAAGACGAAGAAGAAGGAGAUCAAGGAACUGAAAAUGACCGAAGACAAGGAUCUGAGUUUCCGUAUGAACUGGAGCUUUGCGUGCCGACAGCCGGUCACUUGGCUCUAGUAUUGGUGAAACGCACCCCAGGAGCUUCAUUGGACCCUUCUGUGGAUGAUGGCAAUACGACGCCGUCUUCGACUGCCACUACACCAGCUCCAGCUGAUCCACGUGUUGUCUACGUGCUGGAUGCACUUCCACCUUCCAGACGGGGACCUCAGGACGACAAGACCCGGAGAAAAACGAGUACACUGGGAGCGCAGUCGCCGCUGCAGCACGUGGACGAGCUGGAGCUGCUGCAAGAGCUCUUUGCACCUCAUACACGAGCUGCUGGGGGCAAAGAAGGCAGUGUAUUGAUCGAAGCUCCGCUACUGUGUGCUCGAUUCGACUGCCGCGUGGUUUCUAUUCAGUUUAUCCGGAGUGCGGCAAACUAUUAUCAGCUGCCGAGAACAUCUUUUCGAAGAGGAGACAGCAGAGGCCGUUAUUCUGCUUCGGCGUCUUCUGGUUCGUCAUCAUUGCAAGGAGCGACCACGUCCUCAAGAGUUAUUAGCACUGCAGCCCCGCUAAGAUGUGUCGUGGCAAGGGACGAUGGCAUGGCGUUUUUGUGGGAAUGGCAGGCAGAUUUGUUCCAGUGGGUGUUUCUAAACAAGCUUUGUUUCCUUGAGAAUCCGAAUUUGAAAUGGACAAGACCAGUUGUGGCGUUUACGACGAGCGAUUUACCGCUGGAUUGCAAAUUGUCGACCUUAAGUUUGAACACUAGAGGUGGCAAUGGCAAUGAAAGUGGUCCAAGUGGUGCGACGGAAUUCAUUUGGUGGUCAAGAGCAACAAAGCACGAGCCCAAGCUCAAAAUUCGGCGACUGCGUUUCGAACGCGCAACUGAUGCACUGCGGGCAACCGAUGUGGUUGUUGGGAAUGCGUUUAUCCCGAAGCCAUUCUGUAAUGAUGUUGUUGAGCUACUGAGCUCAAAAUUGGGUCUUUUUGUGAUUUCGCGAUCGCAGGGGGUGUUCUUCCGCAGCUCGGUAUCUUCACUUAAGACUGUGACACUAAAUUGGAAUCAGUUUUUUUUGCCUGAAGAAAGCAUAGCCCUGGAAAUGUCCCAGUUUGUUCUGUGUCUGCACAGUGUGACUGGUGAACUCGUGAUUUUACAUCGGGAGUCUGGAGGAAUCUACAUUGUGACACCGAAGUCUCCGAAUACGUCCACUAUAUUCAGCGGUGACACGCAUGAUAACGAGUCGUGUACUUUUCUUUUCGUACGAAGGAUAACUACAUUGACACCCUGGAAGCAGUCCAGUAGUGAUACGCUAUGCAACGAUGACCAAGCAUUUGAUGUGCGAGACGUUGUCGCACACCGGCAUGUCUUCCUCGUGCUCACUUGUAGUGUGCUUCACGUUUACGCACUGAUCACUGGCGAGCUUCUCGAGACAGUGAGCUUGCCAAAUGUAUUGGCCUAUUCUUCUCAGCGACGUGGAGGUGAGAAAUGCAAGUUCUGGACGAUUUCAGGCGGGGCAAGCUCCGUAGGGUUAUGGGCUCCGUGUGGAUUCUGGACAAUCCGGUUGCCCCCAGCAGAGGCGGUUGCAGCCGCUUUGCGUCAACCGCAGUCUGAUAAGCAAAAAGACAAACGUGAGUUCCCCAAUGCAUCGUUUCUAGCAGUGAAGGACUAUGGUACAGGUAAUUCGCAUUGGGAUGCGGUGCGGUACGGCCUUGACAUUUUGGCGAGACUGACUCCUUCGGCGAUGAAUCCGACUCAUAUUUCUCCCGAAGUGUGGGAAACAGUGUGGCACGCUGUGUCAAGUCCAGCACUAGUCUUGGCUCUUCUUGACAAUUGGGCUGAAUCUGAGCACAUUGUUCAUGAACUUACGCGGCACGUAGCCUCGAUCUAUGCUGCUGCGAGUAGCAUUCGCUCACCCGAAGGACUGAGUGAUCCGAUAACUCCAAGAACAAAUGAAAACCCUUUGCUUAGGUUGACACCUGCUAAUGUGGAGUCACUGCACCAUCUCUCUAACUGGAUUUUCCUGGCCAAGCGCAAGCUUGCUUGCCUGGAAACGGCUGGUAGUAAUCUGCCGACUCCACCAAUGACUGAAUCGUCGGAUCGAUGUGCGAGCACCCACCAGUAUUCAGCGAUGACCGAGCUGACUGGUGUACUCGCUAACGAAGACGAUUUGUCGAUUGCGCAUGACAGGCAGCACAGUAUUCAGCGGAAGGAUUCGAUACUGGACCCAGAGGAUACGCGCAACUUCCGACUGAGUCGAAAAUUGCGGCCCAUGAGCAGUUUGCGCUUCGCCGGUGGUUGUAGCACUAGCUUGGAACGGCAAGGACGUCAGUGGCUGUUGCAGCUUGAGUCUUUUCUAUUAGACGGUGUCGCUUUCAAGAAUAAACAUCGAUCUAGUGGGACUCGUCGUGUGAUCCGAGCGGAGAUGGCACCUAGUCAUCGGCUGUUUCAUAGUGAGCGAGUCUUGUCCGAUUUCUGCCACGUUGCAGCGUCUUCGUUUUCGAAGCACAUGUACCUGGAAUCGAUGAGCCGAUUGUAUCUACUGUACGAGCCUGGGUCGGUGCUCCCAUUCGUCCGAUGCGUCGACUGUUUUUGUCCUCGGCUCUUCUGGUUAACUGGGCAUCAAUCUCUCUCUCGGUCCCAUGCAGAGCGGGCGCUGACACUUUUCCCGCCUUUAAAAUUUUUCACGAAUAAAGUGAUUCGAGCAAAGAAGCGCGGGGACGAUCAAGGGGCUAGAUCAUCGUUGUUAGCCUACGCAGAUCUGUUGAGCUACUGUGGCUACCACUCUGAAGCAUGCAGGGCGCUUUUGGAAUGUCACCUUUACGAAGAAAGCAAGCGCAAAUUUUUGUUGCUACUGAAGGAAUUGCAAGAUACGGCAAAUUCCAGCGAUGACGGGGAGAAGGAAAAGGUUCAGAUUUGGCUCGCGGCUUCGAGAGCUGUCUAUCUCCUAAUUUUGGAUUAUUGCACAAGUCACUGUAGCUCGACGGAGCUGAAUGUCGUGCUCAUGCUGAAGCCAGCUCAUGUGGAAGUGAUCCAUGUUCUAAGAGCACUCCGAACUGCCUUGUCUUGCAGCAAAUACCAACAACAACAAUCGAAGGACGACGGAGCUUGCUCUACCAGACUGACUGUUGGCAACUUGCGAUUGGUGCUUGCCAACCUGAUGCAGCAGCGGUGUAUUGGGAUGUCGAAGUGGCAUUGA